GCCCUGAUGGCAUCUGGGCUCAUGCAUUCACAAGUGUAUAUCUUCUCUCCCCUUCUUUCUCUCUCUUUUUCUUUCUCCCCUUUUCUUCUUUCACUUGCCACUCUCACUCUGCCAUCAUAUGCCUCCAUCUUCCGCUCGUCAAACUCACUUUUCCUGACUGAUCCCGAGGCCUCGACCCCGCUGAGUAUCAUUCACUCCUGUUUUAGUAGCCACUUUUUAAAGGAAGCCGGUUUCUGCUAAGAUGGUUGUUCCGUCGCUCCUCCACAUGGCUCGCAGAGCCUGUGUGAAGCAGGCCAAAGCCAUCUACGACGUUGGAGAUGCGCCAUAUGGGCUCGUUCGACCUAUCCUUCUGAAGGUCGAGAACCCAAGGCAGUUGCAUGCCCUCGAGACAAACUCGCCUCAGCUCAAGGAAUAUACAGGCGAGAUUUGGAUCGAGUUUAUCAAGCGCGACAUCCCGUUCUGGAGGGAUGUCAAGCUUCCCGACAACCCGGAAAGCUGGUUCAACUUCUACCGCUCUCUGCGGCAGCAGGCCUUGAGGGAGCUCGAGCUGCAAGCUGAACGGGUCAAGCAGGCCAUGAAUGGUCUUCGUUCCGAGAAGGCCAAGCAUUCGCCCAAAGUGGUCAACGCCCGGAAGCUGGGCCUUCCGCAAGAAAAACCAACCAGCUUGCAGAAGUAUGCCAACUACGACCGCCAGAUGGGCGGCCUGCAGCCGGUGUUCGUCCGGGCUCGUACACAGAACGACAAGGGUCUUACGCCGUAUUCCCAGACCUCGCGGUGGACGUUCGAGAAGCCAAAGCUGCCCACGACAACCAAGCCUAAAAAGUCGGCGUUGCCCGUUGCCAAGCGGAACAAGCGACUUUGCAUCCCGACGCACCAGUUAAACAAACGGGCGUCGGCGAUUAAGAAGGCUCCGAUCUCGUUCGUCGAAGAUUACAAGUAUGAGCAACGACUUGCUCAACGAAACACUGAUCGAAAGGUGCCGGCGGCACGCGCAUCUCCUCCGAAGCGGAUAAAGGAAUCGAGCACCAGCUCGCAACGGCCAGCGAGUUCCCUAACGCGGCCAAAUUCUUCCGGUUUGGGGCGCCCGCAGACCAUCACAGCCAAGCCUCCAGGGUUGCCCCUUACCGAACCAAAAUUGACCCUUUCCGGAGUACCACAGCCCAGACCCGCUACGGCGAAGCCGCCCCGUCUUGAAACGCCGAAGCAAAAUUCCAGCUCUUCGACCGCGACUCCUCAGCCAGAUGCAAAGCCACUGACCCCUCCCAAGGCUGUCGGACCACCUAGACGGCGACCACCACCUAAUCCUCUUCUCAUUCCGAAAAGACGGGCAGGCCCUCUGCCAGCACAGAUGCUGACGGACCCAGCUCGCCUGUCGGCCUCUUCGAAGCGUCUUCUCGAUUCCGGUUUGGCCGGAUCGGACGCUGUGCCAGAGGGAAGCAGGGUGAAGAAGCAGCGCAUCUCAUAGGCGGCUGGAUAGCCCGCACCUCCUUAAGAUAUAGGGCGGAUCUCGUUCCAUUAUCUUCGUUUGUCAAUAUUAUUAAAGGAUUUGGGCGUACAGGCUUCGGCGUUUGCGGUUGCUCUCCUUUCGACAGUCGCGAUACCCAGGACACGCUUCAUGCGAUUAUGACAAUCAUGGCGGCAUUGUCCUUUUUACUGCAUUUACGGCCGGCGUUUUCUUUACUUUCGAAGUAGUUGGGAAUAACGGUUUCAACUGGCUGGCUGGCGUUUGACGAGGUUUACCUCCGGAUUCGUUCUAAAGCAUUAGAACUUUCGGAACACUUAUCCCGUUGCUCCUUUCCUCUUUUGAUGGACAGAGAAUUCUAUGGUCCAAUGGGGAGUUCUUCGACGUGAACCUAAGCUUUUAAAGCGCUUAUGAGUCGUUUCGAAUGAGUUGUUUUAGCAACACGAUGGAAAAGUUUUUGAGGUUUUAGCCGUUUUGC